AUGGAAAAUAAUAACAAUAAUACAUAUAUUGCUGAAAUUAUGUCAAAAAUAUGGCCAGCUGGUAUUCCAUCUCAGAGCUCAUCCUAUUUUGCAAUGACAGUUGUAACUUUACUUCUAGAUCCUAAAUAUGGAACAGAUAUGAAAGACAAGCAUGUUGUUAUGAGGAUGCAAAAGUUCAAAGGAGUAGAUAAUAGCAAUGACAUUAUGACAAAUAUACAAAUAUGA